UGUGUUUCAUGUAGUCCUUAAUUUCAUCCUGAUUCUGGUUUACGACUUCCGUUUCAUUCAGUUCCAUCCAUAUUUCAUCACGUUUGACUGUUGACGUUUCAUCCUCGCGCGCGCGGUCUUCCCAAGUAACCAUACCGGCCAUUAAAAAUAAGAUUUCAAGCAAUUUAUAAAAGAAAAAAACACUGUAAAUUGUGUCACCUAGCAUCACUCAGUCAAGUAUAAACGCAUCUAGAGAAAGGCGUGAUUUUCCAAAGUCUGUCACAAUUUGUCGAUUCGUGCGACUGCCGUGAACGUCCCGACGAGCAGAGCAAUUUUUUGAUCUUGGAAAUAAGCAAGUCUGAGUGAUAAUGACUACCAGAUUCACAGGAAUCGAUCUAGGACCUCCUAUCGAGGUUUUUGCACUCCAAAAAGCUUUUGUUGAUGAUACUCACGAAAAUAAAGUGAAUCUUGCAAUCGGGGCUUAUCGAACAAGCGAAGGAAAACCUUGGGUCUUGCCAGUGGUACGUAAAGUGGAGAAAGCUUUGGCAGAGGAUGAAUUGCAAAAUCAUGAAUAUUUGCCAGUCCUGGGUCUGGAUGCGUUUUGUCAAUCUUCGACGAGCAUGUUGUUAGGCGAAAACUCGCCUGCAAUUUCACAAGGACGUGCUUUCGGAGUUCAAACACUUUCUGGCACCGGAGCUCUAAGAGUUGCAGCUGAGUUUUUAUCUCGUAUUCUUCGCUACGAUACCUUCUACUACAGCACACCAACGUGGGAAAAUCACAAGUUGGUAUUCAUCAAUGGUGGAUUUAAGAAAGGAUGUGAAUAUCGUUACUGGUGCGCAGAAACUCGAGGAAUAGAUUUAGAGGGCAUGUUGGAAGAUUUAAGAAAUGCUCCAGAAAACGCGGUGAUAAUUUUGCACGCCUGUGCUCACAAUCCUACUGGUUGCGAUCCGACUCCAGAACAAUGGGCGAAAAUCGCAGAUGUGAUGGGGGAAAAACGUUUAUUCCCACUUUUCGACAGCGCCUACCAAGGCUUUGCUAGUGGUGAUUUGAAUAAAGACGCUUUAGGCGUGCGCUUGUUUGCAGAGAGAGGCCUUGAAUUUAUCUGCACGCAAAGUUUUGCGAAGAAUUUCGGCCUUUACAAUGAACGAGUGGGUAACAUGGUUGUCGUGCUAAACAAUACAAAAGAAAUCGUUCAAGUCAAGUCCCAAAUCACUUUGAUAAUCCGAGGAAUGUACAGCAAUCCACCGAAUCAUGGAGCUCGUUUGGUCGCUACUGUCCUAAGAAGUCCAGAUCUUUUCAAGCAAUGGAGAGGUCACAUUCUUACGAUGUCUGACAGAAUCAAAACGAUGCGAUCAGGGCUCUAUGAAAGAUUAUUAAAACUAGGCACUCCAGGAAGUUGGGAGCACAUUGUGAAUCAAAUCGGAAUGUUUUCCUACACUGGACUCAAUGAGACACAAGUUAAGCAUUUGUUGGAUCAUUACCAUAUCUACAUGUUGCGAAGUGGCCGCAUAAACAUGUGUGGACUCAACGAAAAAAAUCUUGAUUAUGUAGCGGCAGCGAUCCAUGAAGCAGUCACUCGAUUUCAGAAAUCGUAGAGGAAUUAAUUCUACAUGUUAGCUCUUCGUCAGCUGAGAAUUAAAAGGUCUGGUUCAAAAGCUACUUUUGAGUCAGAAGAUUGUCACAAAAUGGCUAGAGAGCACCAAACACCAAAUCAGUAAGUAGAUGUUGAAAUGAGCUGUAUUGUUCUCCGUGUAGCCUCCCAGAAAUUUUGUUGGGCCAAUCCUAAUAUUUGCGAACUUAUGUACAAAUUUAGCUACACAGGAGAGAGUUGCAAGGCCGUUUCUUAAAAAAAAAAAUGUUCAAAAUUAUGAAUUCAAAAACCAAAUUUAGAUGUUAAUAGACUCAAGUUUCUUUAAAACCUUUUGAGUCCCAAAAAAUUAUGUGAGAUGUAUUAUUUACAAUUAUGUGCCAAACAGAUUCAUUGACGAUAUCAAUUUUUGAAUAUUAAUUUUGUACCUUAAUAAAAUAAUUUGAAGAUAUUUUUAAUUGAGAUGAAGGUUGAAAAAUAGAAUUGCGAACUCUUGGGCCUUAGAAACCACAAUGAAAAAGAAUUUUGAAGAAAAUAGUGCCAAAAGUUAAGAGAACGUUUCAACACUCUGAAAGUAAAAUUGAUUUCCUACUGAUACAUUAAUUACAAAUAAUCUUACUUGGUAAUAAUUAUGAAAAUAUUAAGGUUUGGAAUAUCUACUUUCUGAAAAUUUAAUUUUGUAUUUAUGUAAUCAUGUGCACUGACCAAUAGACAUCCAUAUUUUUUAUAUUGCCAAAAAGAAUCCAUGAAAAAUCCAUUGUCAAAUUAAAUAGGUGCAGGAUUAAAGUUUCCUUAAAAAUACCAAAUGUACGUACAACGAAAAUACAAAGAAUGUGUGGUACUUUGAAUAUUUUGUAUUCUAUUCUUUAGUUCUUUAAAAAUAGCUGCACUGGAGUUACUUUAUCAAUUAGUGCUUUGAACCUUAUAGUGUGAUAUAAUCGCAUUUAGCAGCAUUUUUCUUAACAGAACUUUACAGUUUACUUAUUUUACCUAUCCAAACUGUAGGGCAGUUUCGAAUUAUAAACUUUCCAAAAAUGUUGCGAUUAUACAAAGGUUAAGAAAAAUAUCAAUGUAAACUAUUACUAUUUUAGGCGAGAUUCUAGAUUUAAACGGUAUUAAUUGAGCUAGUAAAUGUUCAUUAAUCAAUGCUCAAGAAACUAUUUGUACUCUAGCAUGGAGAACAUAAAAGUGUUACGAUAUCUAUUUAGAAAUUAGAAAAUGUUGUACUUCAUAGGAAUUAAAUUGCGUUAAAAUAAAAUUCUGUUACGUU